CGCUCGAAAUCGCAAUGGCUCUAGUUCGCGUGAGUUGUAUGCUGGCUCUUUUGCUGAUCGCCGGUCAAGGUCAGGCGGCGCCCGUCAAGGCCGAAGGUCGCACUUUGGGCCUUCUAGGCGGCGGAUUCGGUGGCAGUGUAGGACUAAGUGCUGGCAUUGGAGUUGGCGGUGGACUGUAUAGCGGAUUUGGAGGAGGCGGCUAUCCUGGUGGCUACGCCAGUGGCUAUCCGGGCGGUUAUGACGGCUACUCCGGCUACCCUGGCUAUGGCGGCGGUGGCAAUGGAGGUGGCUAUUAUCCAGGAGGUGGUUACUCUGGCUUCGGACACAGGCCGCAUCAUCAUGGAGGCUUCUACCCAGGCGGUGGCUCCUAUUACAACCAGGGUGGAUCCUAUGGCGGUCAAUACAGCCAGUCGCAGUACUCGAAUGGAUAUUAUAACGGCGGUGGCUAUGGAGGUGGUGGUUAUGGAGGAGGUGGCUUCUUCGGCUAAUAAAUCUUGCCGCCAAGCUAGUCAAGUACUUGUGAUUCGCAUUUUGUAGAUUGUAAAAUAAACAAUAAAAAAAAAACAAAUGAAAACCAGAAAUAAUAAGCUCAGUUUAAGACACUCGAAAUCCGGUUUCUCUGUAGGGGAAUAUUGUCCUUGGCGCUGCCUUUGUGGCUCUUCUCUCACUUACUUUUAUGAAGCAGACGCGACGUGCAUAAAUUUAAUGGCCACAGAUCCGAGAUUUAUGCUAAGGCCUGACUAAUCAAAUUUGACAAUUGUCUGGGGAAUUCCUUUCUUCAAUCUUGCUGGGAGGUAUUUUUCACAAAUGGCAAGGAACAAUUGGGCAAUCCCAUGACAAGAGCCGAUC